AUGGGCUCUCUUCCUCUCACCAGCAUUACAGUGCCACCAGGACAAGGCCAGACGCACACUCACACAGUCGUGUUCCUGCAUGGCCGUGGAGAUAACGCUGCCAACUUCAGCAGCUCGCUACAAUACUCGCGCGACUCCCAAGGCCGCACCCUCGCCGACGCUUUCCCUUCUUUUCGAUGGGUAUUUCCUCAAGCACCUCAAAGAAAAUGCGCCAGUUCACCCGACGUAUGGAACCAGUGGUUCGAUGUCUGGAACGUGAGGAACUUGGCGGAAAAUGAAGACCUCCAGGCAGAAGGGCUCAAGGAAGUCGUGCCUAAAAUUCGCGACAUUCUGGCUAAGGAAGCAAACGACUUAAACGGGAGGUGGGACAAGGUCAUUCUGAUGGGCAUCAGCAUGGGCUCUGCGACAAGCGUGCACACAUUGUUCAACCUCGACAUCCCGACCCCAGACAAAAAAUUGGGCGCCUUUAUUGGCUUCAGCGGUCGUUGUCCAUUUGCAGGGCGAUCACUUGAUGAGAUGCGAAAGACGCUUCAACUCGAUUCCUCCCCGACGCACAGCGACGUUCUCAAGAAUACGCCUAUGCUUCUGGAACAUUGCGUCGAUGAUCCGUUGGUAUUGGUGGAUUGGGGUAGGAGGCAGUGCGAGAUUCUUAAAGGUCUUGGAGCGAAUGUGGCAUGGAGGGAGUAUGGGAGCGGAGGACACUGGUUCAAGUCACCUGAGGGCAUGGAUGAUGCGAUAGAAUUUCUGAAGGCUGUUCUUUAG